UCUCUCAUGAACAGAGGGUUUGGGUUUGCAACACUUUGGUUGACAGGCGACAAGUAACGGCACGUGGGUUAGUAUUGAAUGCUGAAGCUUCCAUUGCAGCUACUGCUGUACUAGAGUCCGUCCUCAUUCCUCGAGCUGGCUUUCUCUUAUUAAAGUCGUUAAGUCGUUUUUGGCUCCUCUCUCUCUCUCUCUCUCUGUUCCUUCAAAAAUUGGAUUGUUGAAACUUGGAAGUAGCUGGGCUGCUUUAUAGUUUCUGCCGAAGGUACUACAUUUCUGGAUGAGCAAGGAAUUUGUUUAGAUUCUUCAAGAAUGGAUUCCAAAGACGCAGUAGAUUCAAAAGAUCGAGAUGAUGGCAAGAGAAACAAUGAGAUGAUAGAGCGGAACAAAGUGGGUAUUAUGCGAGUUUUUGUUGAAACACAGGAUCCCAGUGCAAAGGAAGUGGAUGAUUUGAUGAUUAGAAGGUUUCUGCGUGCUCGUGAUCUAGACAUUGAAAAGGCCUCUGCCCUAUUCCUCAAGUACCUGAAAUGGAGACGAACAUUUGUCCCUAAUGGUUUCAUUUCUGAGUCAGAAAUCACAAAACAACUGGCUCAGAAUAAAGCUUUUAUGCAAGGAUUGGACAAGAAGGGGCGCCCAAUAGUAGUUGCCUUUGGUGCCAGACAUUUCCAGACCAAAGGGGGUUUAGAGGAGUUGAAGCGUUUUGCAGUCUACACUCUGGACAAAAUAUGUUCAAGGAUGCCACAGGGAGAGGAAAAAUUCCUCAGCAUUGCAGAUAUUGAAGGAUGGGGAUACUCAAACUGCGAUAUCCGUGGAUACCUAGCAGCUCUAUCAAUCUUGCAGGAUUGCUACCCAGAAAGGCUUGGCAAGUUGUGUAUAGUAAAUGUGCCCUACUUAUUUUUGAAGGCAUGGAAGAUGAUUUACCCAUUUAUUGACAACAACACGAAGAAAAAGAUAGUAUUUAUUGAAAGCAAGAAGCUAAAAUCAACUCUGCUUGAAGAUAUUGAUGAGAACCAGCUCCCAGAGAUAUACGGAGGUAAACUGCCAUUGGUUCCAAUACAAGAAAGCUAAAUGACAGAAUUGCCCGGUGAAAACUUUUCUUCUCUGUAUCGAUUACCUCGAGGCUGUAUUCCACGCUUAUUUCCUCCUUAGGCUACGUUUGGAAACAAUGCAAAUAUGUAGAGUGUAAAAUGGUUCAUAUAAAUUUCAAAAUUGGGUUAGUUUUGCACCGACAAAUUUAUCUUCUUACCAAACAGACUUUUAGCUGUAAUGGAUGCAAACAUGAAUUCCAAUAAAGCAUAUGCUUUUUUUUUUUA